AUGGUCCGUCAUUCUUUUUUCCAGCUCGUGGUUCUUAUCACAUCUCUUUUCCUGCAGGCUCACUGCAGCCCCCUUGCUCAUCAGAUACGUGGUGCAUGUGCCACUGAAGACCCCGAUGAGACCUUCCUUCAUGAAAUUGGUCGUUUGAACUCGAGCGAGGCCAAUUCGGCCAACACACAAGCCCGAAGGGCCCCCAUUGAGAUCGAGACCUGGUUCCAUAUUGUGAGCAGCAAGUCUGAGUCCGAGCAAGUUACGGAUGACAUGAUCGAUUCCCAACUGGCUAUCCUCCAAGACUCAUAUGCAGACUCCGAUAUCUCAUUCCGCUUACAAGGUGUCACCCGUCAUGUAAAUGAUGAGUGGGCGCGGAAUGGAGAUGAAACGGCAAUGAAAACCGCCCUGCGCAAAGGAACUUAUCGCACGUUGAAUGUCUACUUCCAAACGAAUCUUCAAGCGACACCGGGGCAAUCCGGACGUGCUCUCGGGACUCGGGGUACCAACAGUGACUUGGCCGCGAGUGUCCUCGGAUUCUGUACUUUGCCCGACCCCAAGAUCAAUGCUGACAGCCCGGCUUCUCAAUAUGUCAAGGAUGGUUGUAAUAUUUUGGCCAAAACUAUGCCCGGUGGCUCGCUAGAUCUCUACAACAGGGGUGGUACUGCUAUCCACGAGAUUGGCCAUUGGAAUGGCCUCCUGCAUACCUUCCAGGGUGAAUCCUGCUCGGCGGACAACCCUGGUGACUACAUCAAUGACACCCCUCAGCAAUCCACCCCGACCGAUGGUUGCCCUGCUCACAAGGACUCGUGUCCAGAUGUCCCUGGCCAGGAUGCAGUGCACGACUUCAUGGAUUACUCGUCUGACGUUUGCUACGAAAGUUUCACACCCGGACAGAGCGAACGGAUGCGGAGUAUGUGGGACUCAAUGCGUGCAGGCAAAUAA